AACAUUUUCCAUGCUGUGAUCAAGUUGUCUUUUCCUCUGAGCGCCGAGCGCUGUGCACGCCUUGGACUUGGAACGUUUCGAAAUCGGGCUAAAGAAAUAUUCAGAAAAAUAUUCAAGAAAAUAUUCGAUAAAAAAAAUCAAAAGAUAAAAAUCACGGAAGCCGCAACUUAGCUACAAGUUUAGUGUGUAUUUUCGAGCAGCAACAAACAAACAAAAUAUACAAGACAUACAAAAAACAAAAAUGUUGAAACGACGGACUGACUUACAUGCAUUUUAUUAGUAAAUAACAAAACAAGCAACAAAAAACCGAAUAUCAAUAUAAUUGAAAACACCAACGGAAAAAACAGCCGCAAACAUUUUUGUAAAACAAAUGAUUAAAAAGGUUUCGCCCAGCAAAGAAAAGCAAACAAGCGCGUGGAAAUUGAAUGCUGAAAAUAGCCCAUAAAAUACAUAAAUAAAUAAAUAAACUAUGGUCAAAAGAAUUUAAUUAAAAAAGGACGGCAAAUCAAAUGAGGCAAAAUAAUUAAAACAGUAAGCAAACACGGAAAGCGAAACGACGCCAAUAUCCUACCGCAAAAAUUGAAAAUAUUCCGCAAAUCGAGGAGACGGCCAAGAAAGAGAAAGGGCGGUUCGGAAAGAAAGAGAGAGAGCGAGACACGGCCCACUGAGAAAUGAAGUCGACGAAGGCAAACCCCAAGCCCGGAGUGGAUCCAAAAAUUUUGUGCUUUUGUAUUUGCCAAUUUUAAUGAGUGUAGCAAGCAAACCAAGCAAAAAAACAAAAACAGAAAACCAAAUCCGAAAAAACAGAAACAGAAACCAAAAACUUUAGCAAAACAACAAAAAACACUACAACAAUAACAAGAACAGAGCAUUUUGUACAACAACCACAACAAGCAGCUACCAAUUCCCACCAUUAUUAUCAUCAAGCCAAAACAACAACAACAACAACAAUAACAAGAAAGACUCAUUUGAAUUGCAAUAAAUAAAAGAACAAGAACAACAAAGCACGUACACAAUGUGACAAUAAAAACAGUGAGAGAGCAGUAGAAGCUAGAAGGCUAAGAAGCCAAAAAGGAAUUUAAUUGCACGCACUAGACGAGAAGUAGCCAUAAAUGAAGUCUAAACAGAACACCAAAAACAGCUAAAACAGUGAUAAGGCCAAAAAAAAAAAAAAAAAAAACGCACAAGCAGAGAGAAAUCCGCAGAGCAGCCGCAAAAAAAACUGAAUACAAAACCAAAUAAUCCAAGCGUACUUUCCCAACUCACCCAACUCUUGUCGAAUGUCCUUGCACCUUUAAGCUCUCGCUGUGUGUGUGAGUGUGUAUGUGUGUGUACCCCCAUCCACCUGCCACCACCUACCACCUGCCACAUUCGUACCACGAUCGGUGUCCGUGUUUGUCGUGUAGCACCACCACCUAGAGCAAUCCAGCACCACCAAAAAAAAAAAAAAAAAUAGAGCAAAAAGUAACUAAAGAGCACCCUCACAAAAAAAAAAAAAAUAAAUAAUACAACAACCGCAGCAACCACAAUAUAUAUUUUAACCACCUGCAACAACAACCACCGCAAGCGUUUGCCAGACCGUUUCGGCGGUGCUGCCGCCUUGAGGGCCCGGCCGAACCACCACCAACCACUGAGGCCGACAGGUCAGAGUGAAGCACCCUAGCGCAGAAACCCCCGUCUCCUGGUAGCUCCCGAUAGCUCCACUCCCGAUUGAUCCACUCCACCUAACCACAUACCAGCACCACAAUUGCACAUUACUACCAUAGAUAUCCCCGGCAGUACUACUACCGCAUGGAGCGCGGCACCGGCGGUGGUCAGCAGCAGCAGUCGUCGUCGCACCACCAGCAGCAGUCGUCGCACCACCAGUCGUCGCACCACCAACACCAACAGCAACAGCAGCAGUCGCAUCAGCAGCAGCAGCGACACCACCAACAUGUGGUUGCCGUUCACAGCUUCGAUCCGUAUCUGACCGCCGGCGGAGCGGACGAGGAGCACACGUCGGGCACCUCGUCCUUUGACAAUCCCGCCACGAAGAAGAAGCCGCCCAAGCUGAAGCCCAUCCAUCGAUCCCUGUCCAUGGCCAUCGACAACUAUGCCCCGUCGUCCGCCGACCUCGACAUGGACUUGGACAUGGAAAUGGGCAUGGGCAUGGAGAUGGGCAUGGACAUGGACAUGGACCUCGACAUGGAGAUCGAUAUGGAGGGCGAGGGCAUUGUCAUCAGUGAGAAGCCGCUGAUCCACCGCUCGGCCUCGCCCCUGCCCCAUUCCCGAUCCGGCGCCCUCCCCCCGCAGACCCUAGCAAUCCCAGCACAACAAUUACAACAACAACAGCUACAACAACAGCAACAACUACAACAACAGCAACAUAUAGUUUCCCAUCCCAGCCAACGUGGCGGCGGUAGUGGCAGUGGUGCCGUCUCCCCAGCCCUCUCUGCCCGCCAGCAACACCAUCACCUCCUCCAACAACAACAACAACAACACCAGCAACACCAACAACACCAACAGCAACAACAACAACAGCAACAUCAGUUGCACUUGCACACUUUUCAGCAACUUGCCGCACAGGCAACUGCUGGUCGGCAUCAGACAAGCCACCAGCAGCAGCACUCACUAUCGCACCGCCAACAUCCGCAACAUACGCAUCCACAUCAGCUUCAACAUCCGCAUACGCAUCCGCAUCCGCAUGCGCACCCGAAGAGCUCACCAACCUCACACGCGGUUAGCCCGGUUCUGGGCCAACAGCACCGCCAGCAGCCGGACAUUUAUCUGGUCAGCAGCAGCAGCAGCCUGGGCGAUGGUGUCGGCGUGGGCGGCCUGGGGCUGGGGGCGGGCGGCAUGGGCAUGGGCAUGGGGCGAUCGCUGGGCGGUAGCACCUCGCCCAUUCAGUUCAUCGACGUGGACGACAUGCCGAACCCAGUGAUUGCGCCCGCGCAACGGCCCAUGCACACGCACCCGCUGAAGAAGAACCUGUUCCGGCGAUCCGACACCAUUGACGUCCAUCCGUCUACCAAUUUUCAGAUGAAGAAGACGCAUUCCUUCCACGCGCAACAGGACCCCGCCGCCCUGGACCAAAUCCAGCUGGCCGUCGCCGCGGGCUCGGCGGCCUCGAGUCGCCGCACCAGUUCGGUGCGGGGCAACUUCCUAAUGCCCGGUCCACCAGGCGGUGCCAAGGAAAUCUCGCGAUCGCCGUCGCCCAGCCGGAGGGGCUGUCGGUCGCACCGAUCGUUCAAUGAUCCGGCUCGUAGGCCCAGUGUGAAGCCCGAAUCGGUGGUGGAGUCGCAGAUACGCCAUCCCUCGCUGAACGACGACCUGAUGGAGCCGAUGAACGGGAGGAAUCUGUUUGCGGCACCCACCAACCUGUCGCUGGAGAACGAGCUGUUCGUGGACACGCGCUCCCGGAGCAACAGCCACACCAAGAUGGAGGAGCUCGGCCUGGCGGAGAUCACUGCCGCCGCGGUGGCCGUGCAGCGGCUGCGCAAGAGCUCCGGAGCGGGCUCCUUCGAGGACACGGCCGCCGGCCACAGUGCCACCCACCCGCCAUCGGCAGCGAACAGCGUGAAGCAGAAGCGCGAGUCGCACCACCCGCACACCCGCCAAGUGAGCACCCACAGCCUGGAGCUGGACGGACGUCCCUCAACCUCAGCAGCAGCAGCGGCGGCGGCUGCGGCAGCGGGCGGACACGGCCUGCAACUGCACAGCGCGGCGGCGGCGGCCAGUGCGGCGUACCACUUCAAGCGGGGCGCCCAGCACGGCCGAUCGCUCUACCUGUCGCCGAGCAACCUGGAGGAGCUAGCCGUCCACCGGCCGGGUGUCCUGGCGGCAGCGGCGGCCUUCCAGGGCACCAACGCCAGCGCCAGUGUGAAGCAGGCCAAGGCGCUGCACAGCGCCAGUGUGCGCCUGCGCAGCUAUCGGGAGACGCUGAGCGCGUCGAAGAAGUCGAAGAGCUUCAUCGGAGAUGCAGGUGCCGGAAGUGGUCCGCCGGCGGGACCGGACGACUUCGAGCUGAGCUCGCCCCACCGACGCAACAGUCGCCCUCUGUCCACGGUCGGACCGGGAUCGAGCAUCGAGGAGAUCAAGCGGAGUCCGCGGCCCAUCACCGCCUCGGCGGCGGCGGCCGCCUUCAUCGAGGAGAAGCGUCCCAGCUUCGAGCGAAAAUCCUCGCUGACGUACGACCACGAGCUGAGCGAUGCGGCGUUCGCUGCCCAGGUGCUGCGGCCCUUCCACCACAAACUGGCCGCCGGAGGAAGGAAGGGUUCGGUGACCGGCGGCUCGCACAAGCUGAAGAAGAAGUCGCUGAGCGACGACACCGACGAGGAGGAGGCGGCGGACCGCAAGCGCAAGCGGAUCGUCUGCAUCGUCCUGUCCACGGUGCUACUGUGCCUGGUCUGCGCCAGCGUCUUCGUGCUGACCAUCACGCUGACCUCAAGCUCCGGCCAGGGCGGCAAGAAGGCGCACUCGUUCAGCAGGGACACUCCCGUUCAUUGGACCGGCAUGCGGCCCUCAUGAACUCGAACGCAGAGGCUGUGCCCCGGCCACUUCGACUGCCUGCCGCCUUAUGGUUUUCCCCUGACUUUGGACUCGAUUUCGUUAACGUUUGCGUUUGCGUUUGCGUUUUCGCUUUCGCUUCCGCUUCGAUUCCGUGCUGUCGUUUCGCUCUGCAUUUUGUUUCCUCUGCGUCGUCGGGUCUCUGGUUGCACCGUCCCGCCGCCCAUCUGACGUCCAACGAGUAAGGGAGCAGAGCACAUGGAGGAGCUGCAGCGGCAACCAUCGAUGAGUCCUGCGACAGGAGAACGAGCGGAACUUCCGCGAGAAUCUGGAGCGCACCUGGAUGAUGAAGAACCGCACCGAGAUGAACCUGCAGCGC